AUGUCACCAGACGCCGACCUCGACCGUCGCCGACGGGCCAUUGAACACAUCAUCAGUGUCUGUGCUGGAUGGUCCCCAAGGAUCCUCUCCGGACCUGGAACUAUUGCGUGCAAAAAAGGUUCAGACAUCGAGGCAGCCAUCUGCUUCGACGUCAAGAGCGGGAACGGACCCGUCAGGUACGACUCCAUCUACGUCGUGGGGUGGCCGCAGGAUCCACGCCACAUCCACAUCGUACCCGGACAGGUCUGGUUCGACAUCACCAAGACGUGGCCCGCCGGGUGGGAAUGGACCCUCUGGCAGUGUGCCGUCGAGCUCGAAGACGUGCCCGCCGCGGUGGUAUCGCUCAUCGCAGCCUCCAAGUCCACGCAAGACGCGCUCUCCGACCUCUCCAGCUCGGCCGGCGUCGUGCGGCCUCGCAAAUGGUACAGGAAUCCCUCCAACAAUGUCGAAUUCGAUGGGUGGUGCGUGCCACCGCCGCUCGACAUCACGCGGCAGUUUACGCACAUCAACAAAGACACCACAAUCAGAAUCUCUGAGCGAUCCAUUCAGCGCCUAUGGGAUCACCUGGACAAAGAUGCAAGCCUCGAUCUCUACGACAACCCGUUCAAGCCGAUGAUUGCCGAUUUCGUGCUCACUUUCAAGGAUCCGCAGACCGAUGCGCAGCGACACGUUUUUGUGGAACACAAGGCAUCAUUCCGGGUCGGCAAGAAGAAGCCGCUGGAGCCGUUCCUGGAUGCCAAAUACAACUGGCACGUUCUCAUAAGCCAAGAGGUAAAUCGCCAGAACGAGCACGUGUACCGCCUCGUCUUCGCCGGAGGACAGGUUCCCCAGCGCUACCUCGAGGAGCCCCGCCACAUGCACGCGACCAUGAAGGACAGGUGGGGAACGGCCCAUCGAGACGAUCCAAACGACGAGAUGGUCGUGGAGAGGAUUGCCGAUGGCGAACCCGAUCAGCUGCAGCUGGGCUCCUUGGACAUGCCGAACCUUGCUGCCCGGGGUGACGACGACGACGACGAUCCCAGCGACGAGGAGGGCGAAGAGGAGCCAGGCUCGCAGGGUGCCAACAGGCAGUGGCGGGUCAGGAACGGCAGGGUCGAGAUAUACGCGCGCAACGUGUUCAACGACCAGUCCUGGUACAUGGGCCAAAACAUGAUGGUCCCUGCAUUCUCCGGCUGUUCCCACGGCACGUCGGUCUUGGUCGAGCAAGCGUGGACGGAGCAGGAGAGGGCCGCCUACGCGAUCAGCCGGACGCUGCCACGGCCCGCUCUGGACAGCAAGCAGAUACCCAUCACCUUCGGGCGCCGCUUGUACGAAACCCCCACCGGAGAACGCCAAUAUCUCAAGGCUUCGGUGCGCAAGUACGACGGCUGCUCCAAGAUUAGGACGCUCUACGUGCUCUACGACUCCGUGGGCAGCGUCGACUCGCUCGAGGAGAUGCAGCCGACGCUGCACUGCACGGGACCCGCCGGUGGCGGGCGCUGCAGCCAGUGCGACGAAGAGCACGAGCACGUGCAGCACGUGAGGGGUAGCACCUCGCACAGGUUCCCAGCUGGAUACGAGACGCACCGCGGCGUGGUGGACAGGGUUGGCAAGUUCCGCGGGACCUUUGGCCUAAAGGACGGAAGGCUGUGGCAGAGAUGCGCGGAGCUGUUCUCGGAGGAAGAGACCUACGAGGCCUACACCUUUGGGGAGCUUCUGCAGAGCACCUGGAAGCACGGCUUGCGGAGCCCAAAGGAUCUCCCACGGUCGAUCGCCGCCGUCGCCGCCGCCGCUGCACCGCCGAGGCGCUGGGCCCCGUGCAACGCGUGCUGGGCUGCGAGGCGACUCUGCGACACGUCUCGAGGAACCUGCUCCGGAUGCCGGAGCAGCAAGUCCGCGUGCGUCCGCAAACGAUGCGUCUUCUUUGCAGAUCCAGAGGCGUGCGCUGAUCCAAACUGCUCAGAGGUUCACAACACCGACGGGUACAAUCUCUUGACCGAAGCGCCACGCAAUCUUGACGGUGGAGAUAGGCAAAAGGACGCCCAGCGGGAUGAUGCCCUCAAAUGCCGCAUCCCCGUAUGCAACAACUGCUGGAGCAACGGCUGGCAUCUGCUCUGUUCCAAAGAACUCAUCUGCUACAUGUGCAAGCACCACAACAAAGAAGGCAGCUGCACUCGGACGAGGUGCUCCAACCCUUUGGGCUGUGACAGGCUGAAGUGUGCGUACGCCCACUCCGAUUUCCACGGGAGCUGCGAGGACCACGAAUUUCGCGAACCGACCGCGCCCGUGGCACCUGGAGACCUGGACGAAGAAGCCAGGGUCAAGAUUGCCAAGGAGAGAGGUCGGACGCUCAAGACCAUUGCGAACAAGGCCUCGCCUUACACGUCGUUCAAGCGGGUCAGGAAGACGGCGGACGGAGUGGUGCAGCGCCAGGGGCCUUUGAGGUCGCUGUUGUAA